GGCAACGUAGCGCCCCUUCCCCAGAUUGCCAGAAGCCAAUUCCAAGUCUCAACUCUCAAGACACUCCGUGUGUGUGCAUAAAAUAAAACGAAAAGAAAAGAAAAGAUCAUAAAAAGGGGGCCAACCAGUUCCGUCGACACUCUGGCUCCUCUCGUGGCCUUUGGUUUUUCCUCCAUUGAUCUCGCCGCCUCUUCUCCUCUCUCUUCCCUUAUCAGGAUUAUCACAUUGUUUGCCUGAGAUCGAGCUCCACUCACAGCCCUCCAUGGCUUCGUUCAUCGAAUCUGCCUGGCUGUAUCUGACUACGCAUUUCAGUGACUUUCAAUUGGCAUGUCUAGGAAGUUUCUUUCUUCAUGAGAGUGUCUUCUUCUUAUCUGGACUACCAUUUAUAUUUGUUGAAAGGGCAGGAUGGCUGAGCAAGUACAAGAUUCAGACCAAAAACAACAGUCCUGCAGCUCAAGAAAAAUGUAUCACUCGCUUAUUGUUGUAUCAUUUCGGUGUCAAUUUGCCUGUCAUGAUAUUUUCCUAUCCCGUCUUCAAAUACAUGGGGAUGCGUAGCAGUCUUCCAUUGCCAUCCUGGAAUGUAGUUCUAUCGCAGAUUUUAUUCUACUUUAUUCUAGAAGACUUUGUAUUCUACUGGGGACAUCGUAUUCUGCACACAAAAUGGCUAUACAAGCAUGUGCACAGCGUCCAUCAUGAGUAUGCUACACCAUUUGGACUUACAUCUGAAUAUGCUCAUCCUGCCGAGAUUCUGUUCCUUGGCUUUGCGACCAUUAUUGGUCCUGCCAUAACGGGUCCCCAUAUGAUAACUCUGUGGCUAUGGAUGGUACUUAGAGUCCUGGAGACUGUUGAGGCACAUUGUGGUUAUCAUUUCCCAUGGAGCCUCUCAAAUUUUUUACCACUCUAUGGAGGCGCUGAUUUUCAUGACUAUCAUCAUCGUUUGCUCUACACCAAAUCUGGCAACUACUCAUCUACUUUUGUUUACAUGGACUGGAUAUUUGGUACUGAUAAGGGUUAUAGAAAGUUAAAGGCCUUAAAAGACUAGUGGAGUUGAAGAUUGGAGCCAUAACUUGAAAUAAGAAGAUGGGUUCAAGAUUUCUGGGCAUCGCGGAGACAUUCCAUCCCUGCCACAUCUUGUGUGUGGUUGCCUUUGUUUGUGUUCAGUUACUAUUCAUGUUACGGCAUGGAAUUGGGGGAAAGCUUUUCUUUCAGCAAUUUGUUCCCUACAUGAAUGAUGUUGCUUUCACAUUAUUAAACUUUCCAUGUUCAGUAUACGUUUCGUGUCGCUCACCUGUUAUGCUGGACAUUAGUGGUUUAUAGAUUAUGCUAACUCGUUUUAUUUGCGUCAAAAUCUUUUGGUGGUGGUUGCUUAUC